AUGUCGUCGCUCUGGAACGCCUUUACCGGCGGCAACAAGCCGCGCCAGCAGCAACACGAGCAGACACACGCCUUUGAUGCGCCUGCCCCUUCAUCGCAGACCAGCUUCGACCCAUCCCAGGGCCAAGGAGUAGAAGCCUUCCUCCAGAGCUCGACGUUUGCUGAUCCCUCACAAUUGCAUCCCCUCGCUGGACUCAAUAAGGAUACGCUCGAGUAUCUAACGCUCGAGGACUCUGCCCUUUCCGAACUCCCAGGCGGCCAGUCCGUCCUGCCAUCACGAGGAUUUACCGAUGAUCUCUGUUACGGUACCGGCAUCACAUAUCUAGCCGCCCUGUCGAUAGGAGGUGUAUGGGGUCUGCAGGAUGGCCUGAAGAAGUCUGUUGGACAGCCUCCUAAGCUGCGAAUGAAUGCCAUUCUCAACGGAAUGACUCGGAGGGGACCGUUCCUCGGCAACUCGGCCGGUGUUGUCGCAAUUGUGUACAACUGCAUCAACUCCUUAAUUGGUAGUCUUCGCGGCAAGCAUGACUCUGCCAAUACAGUUAUUUCUGGCUUCCUUAGUGGUGUGGUAUUUAAGAGCACUCGUGGUGUUCGAUCAAUGAUGAUUUCUGGUGGUGUGGUCGGCUCCGUUGCCGGUGUCUGGGCUAUUGUGCGACGAUCAUUCUUCCCUAUUCCCGAGCCUGCAGCUCCUAUUGAGAAGCUGUGA